AUGAGGAUACAGACAAAGAGGAUAAUAUUUAAGAAAUUGCGAAUUGGGGUGAGGAUGGUGAAAUCCAACUCAGGCGAUGAGGAUACAGACAAAGGGGAUGAUUUUGAUGAAAUGGCCAAUUGGGGAGAGGAUGGUGAAGACAAGGAUACAGAUGAGGAGGAUGGUGAAGAGAGUGAUGAUGAAUAUUCGUCUAAUUCAGAGGAUUAUGAUGGAGAUUAUAAGGAUACAAAGGAAGAUGAUUUCGAUGAUGAAGAUUACUUCGAGGAUGGUGAAGAUUACAAGGAUAUUGAGGAAGAGGAUUCAGAUGAUGAGGAUUAUAAGGAUACUGAGGAAGAGGAUUCGGACGAUGAUGAUUAUAAGGAUACUGAGGAAGAGGAUUCGGAAAAUGAAGAUUAUAAGGAUACUGAGGAUGAAGAAGAUUCAGACAAUGAAGAUAGUGAAGAGAGUGAUAGUGAAGAACAUUCUGAAGAGGAUUCUGGUGAAGAAGAUCCCGAGCAUACAGUACAGAUGAAGAGAACAAGGAAGUGGUAA